UGACUUGCCACUUUUAGAAGCUACCUUUUACGGCAGUUACUAUUUUUAGCAGGUUUCCAUAAAUAGCAGGUUUCGGGUGAAAUGAAAAGGGGAAUUGAGAUUCGUUAUUUUAUAGGAGAUGCGUUGUCAAGUGGAGAUUUACGCUUUCAUCAUCGAACCUUUCCCUUUCGGGAAUGGGGACAAAAGUAGGUAUCUACACCUAGGCGUUGGUGUAGAACUUUGCAUACCUGCUUCGGCAUGGGUAGCCUAGGCGUUGGUGUAGAGGUCCCUGGUUGUGUUUAUACCGCCAUUGGGAUUUUUUUUGAACUUUGACUUCGUACGAGCUAGUUUAGGAUAGCCCCCAGUUUAGAAUCUUGAUGUUUUUGUAUUUUGCAUGACUUAGUAUGCCUCAUCACACUCGAAGAAAGCUCGCCGAACGCUCGGUGGUUCGAGCUGCUAUGGAGGAUGCUCCGGAUGAUGAAGCGGCUGCCACAAACGCGUCGGAGGGGGGCAUGAUUCCUCGGAGUCUACCCGCUUUCGUUGGCACUGGUUGGAGUCCUUCCGAUAUAGUGUUUCGAUCGGACUUUCAUUUGUCUCAGCGGCCUCGCGCUGGCUUGGCCGAUGGAGAGCCGUUUCGCACCUUUUGGUCCUUGGCGGAGCUUCAGAAGGCUUUUCGUGCCAUCUGUGCUGACGAGGAGGCUAUGGAGAUCUGGUUGCAGACGGGCCUGGUCGAUUUCCGGCGUGCCAUGGGAGAUACUCCGAGGAGAACGGGGAUCAAACCCCGGUUACAGGCUUUGCUGGAGAGGUAGUGGGAUACCACCAACACUUUUCAUAUGGCAUGGGGGGAGAUCACCAUUACCCCUUUCGAGUUUGCCAUGAUUACGGGCCUUCCCUUUUCUGAGAGGAACGUGAUUUUUGAUUCUGGGAUGAAGUGGUUCUCGAAUACCGCCAAGGACUUGCUCGACCCUGUUGCUGAUUUGGCGGAUGAUGACACUCAUGCUUCUGUGACGGUGAUCAUGGAUGCUAUUCAUAGUGUGGGCAUAUCUGCGGAGCAGAGGGUUCGGCUCUUCCUCUUGGCUCUAGUGAGUAGAGUGAUGGCGCCAAGCAGGAACAGCCGGGUGCACAUCGGCUUCCUGACAACUUUGCAGGAUUUAUGGUACAUGCUUGAUCUAUGGUAAAAAUUUCAGAUUUUUCCGAUAAGUAUAAACCCUAAUUUUGCCUUUUCCCAAUCUAAUAUAUAUAUAUAAAGGAGGCAUAUUUGCUGAAAUAUUAGAGCGCCACCUAAAGGAGGCAUAUUUGCUGAAAUAUUAGAGCACCACCUAGGAUUACUAAUGGUUUCGGCCAAUGAAAAAUAAGAUUUCUAAUUUAUUUUUGAAUUAAAAAAAUCAAUUGCCACGUAGAUAAUUAGUUAUGUGCCACGAAGAUAUUUUAAUUAAUUAAUUACUAAUAUAUACAACUCCAUCUAAAAUCAAACAGUCUAAUAAUUAAAAAAAUAAAUCUAAAAUAAAAUUCAUCCAAAAUCAAACACUAAUCUAAAAUAAAAUAAAUAAAUUUAACUUAAUCAAACAUUAGUCUAAUUUUAGAGCGCAGCGUAUGAAAUCUAAGGGUUACAACCAAUGAAAAAUAAGAUUUCAAAAUUAUUUUUUAAUUAGAAAAGUCAAGUGUCACGUAGAUAAAUAAUUAAGUGCCACGUAGAUAUUUUUAUUGAUUAAUUAUUAAUAUUAGCAUAUACAAUUUCAUCCAAA